AUGGAUUCGUUUAUCGAAGCUGAAAGUUCAAGAUGUGGAGUGCCGAAAGAACUAUUGUUAAAGGAGGUGAAGAAGUAUCUGGAAGAAAUGGGCUUAGAUAAAAAGAUGCAUGUGAUAAGGUGGAUGGGAAUUGUAUUUUUAAAGAUUUCAUUUAUGAUGAAAAUAGGAAUAUAUGUGAAUGAACCAGCCAUACUGAAGCUAAAGGAAAAAAUGGGUCAAAAUCCGGUUCUGUUCCUUCCCACGCAUCGAAGCUAUGCGGACUUCUGUGUACUGACGUAUCUGUGCUACCACUACGACAUUGAACUGCCAGCCGUUGCAGCGGGAAUGGAUUUCUAUUCGAUGGCGGUGGUCGGGCAACGCAUGCGGGAGACGGGCGCCUUCUACAUUCGCCGCAGCAUCGUCGGGGCGCCAUUGUACGCCGCGACCCUCAGGCAAUACGUGAGGACCCUGGUCGCCAAGUACAGCGCCCCCGUCGAGUUCUUUGUAGAGGGCACCAGGAGCAGGAGCAACAAGAGCCUCCCGCCCAAAUACGGCAUACUCUCGAUGAGCCUGGUGCCAUACUUCGCGGGCGAGGUGUCGGACAUAACGAUCGUGCCGGUCAACUUCAGCUACGACCGCAUAAUGGAGCAGACGCUGUUCGCGUACGAACACAUUGGCGUGCCCAAGCCGAAGGAGUCCACGGGGGGGCUCAUCAAAGCGUUACGCAGUCUCAACGACCACUUCGGGAACAUAUACAUCAACUUCGGCGCGCAAAUCUCGCUCAGGGAGUUCCUACGGGACCACAGCCUGGUCACCGGCGAGAUGUUGAAGCCGCCCAGUCUGCAGCAGCUGACUCCAGAGCAGAUUUUACGGGUGCGGGAAGUAGCGCACGAGGUGGUGGCCCUGCAGCAGAACAGCGCCACAGCGACGAUAACGAACUUCGUGGCGUUCGCCCUGAUGGACGCCUUCGCGAGGAACGCAGCACCGCAGUACGAGCGCUUUCUGCUCGAUGUGGAGUGGACGGCGCAGACCCUGCGGGGUUUGGGCGCCUCGGUGUACGAGAGGGACGUAAGGAGCAGCGUGGACAGUAUCCUGGUGGUUCACCAUAAGCUGGUGGUUUUGGAUGGGGACAACCGUCUUCGGCUAGUCGCCGGCGAUCUGAUGGAAGUCUCCAGUGAGGUCAAGGGGAAGAUGAAAGGCCACAUACUAAAGGCAGAGACGAUGGUAAACGCUCUGCCCAUAAUCCAACUUCAGAUUUACGUUAACCCUCUACUGCACUAUGUUGUACCGCCCGCACUAGUUUAUCUUUUGGUAAAGAGAGGAUCGACUACCCGAGAGGAGCUUACCACGGACUAUCACCGAUUGAGGAUGCUGCUGAAACACGAAUUCUUCUACGUCGAGAGGACCAAAAACGACAUAUUUAACGCGGCCGUCGAAUACUGCAUACGAAAUAACGUCAUAGUCAAUAAUCAGAACAUGCUUGUCGCUGGUAACAGUGAGAGGUUACAGUUUCUGCUGGAUUGGUCUUUACUACCGUUCCUCACCAUCCUAAAGCUCUGCAGUGACGUCAUGGCGGAGAAGGGGAGAUGCGAUGGGAAGAAGUUGCUAAAGCUGGUUCAGCAACGGGCAGAGGAAAGCGGCCACCAUCCCUACUGCCUGAGCCUGGAAGCCACCUCCAACUGCUUACAGGGCCUGGUGCUAGCCGGUGCCCUUCAGCAACGCAAGACGGGAAAGGAGACCAAUUACGAGGUGGCGUGUACCACCAUGGAGAGUUACCGAAAAUUGCUGGUUUCGGUGAUGCCGCAAUUGCCAGCCGGCCUCGGCCUCGGUUCUCGCAACGACUUACUGCAGCGCCGCCCGCCCGUCGUUUCGCGCCUG